AUCUAGUCCAACCUCCCGUUAAUCUUUCUCUCUCUCUCGUCGUGGAUCGAAACCCUACAGUCAUAAGAGUAAAAUCUUCCAGGAAAUGAGCAAAUCGUAAUCACUUUCCAUUCUUGCUUCAAUUUCUCAGUUUCUACAAAAUAUGAUGAAAAUGGGACAUGUAACCGCCGGAAAUCCAAUGACACCGGCGCCAGCAUCUAAGAUUCAGAAAUUAACUCCUUUUUCUUCUCCAUAUGGUUCGGCUGCAAGUAAAGAGAAGAUUCUUGUUACAGUUCGACUUAGACCUUUGAACCCUAAAGAACAAGCAGCUUAUGAUUUAAUUGCAUGGGAAUGUGCUGAUGAUCAAACCAUCAUUUCAAGGAAUCUGAAUCACGAAAGACCUUCUGGAAGUUAUACUUUUGAUCGAGUUUUUGAUUCAGCUGAUUCAACAGACAAGGUGUAUGAGGAUGGUGCUAGGGAUGUUACCCUUUCUGCUUUAAAGGGGAUUAAUGCUACAAUAUUUGCUUAUGGACAGACUGGAAGUGGGAAGACAUUCACAAUGUCUGGCAUAACUGAAAAUGCAAUCAAAGACAUCUAUGAACACAUCGACAAUACACCCGGGAGAGAAUUUGUAAUAAGAUUUUCUGCUUUGGAGAUUUACAAUGAGGCAGUAGUUGAUCUAUUGAAUCGAGGAUCAGGGUCUCUUCGUCUUCUGUAUCAUCCCGAGAAAGGGACUUUUGUGGUAGACAAACUGACAGAAAUUGAUGUAAAGGAUAUUCAUCAUUUGAGACAAUUGAUUAGUGUAUGCGAAGCCCAGAGACAGGUUGGAGAAACAGCUUUAAAUGAUAAAAGUUCAAGAUCACAUCAGAUUAUCAGACUGACCAUCGAGAGCAGUUUGUCGGAGAAAUCAGGCUCGGUGAAAUCUUUCUUAGCCAGUCUGAACCUUGUUGAUCUGGCUGGGAGUGAACGCGCAUCACAAACGAAGUCCAAUGGUGCUAGAUUGAAAGAGGGGAGUCAUAUUAACCGUAGCUUAUUGACAUUGACAACAGUAAUCAGAAAGCUAAGUGGGGGGCAGAGGAAUAAUCAUAUACCGUAUAGAGAUUCAAAUUUGACGAGAAUAUUGCAGCAUUCACUUGGUGGGAAUGCUCGAACGGCUAUAAUUUGCACUAUGAGUCCUGCAUUAAGCCACGUUGAACAAUCGAGAAACACUCUUUCAUUCGCUACCAGCGCUAAGGAAGUGACGAACAAUGCUCGAGUCAACAUGGUGGUUGAACAGAAACAAUUAGUGAAUCAUUUGCAGAAGGAAGUUGCUCGGCUUGAAGCCGAGUUACAAACUCCUAAACGACUAUCUUCCUCAUCGUGUUUGAGGACUUUAAUCAUCGAAAAAGACUUGAAGAUUCAGGAGAUGGAGAAGGAGAUUAGUGAGCUUAAAGGGCAGUUGAAAAUGUCAAGAACGAAAACGAAUGAUGAACAUCAUGUCCUGCCGAAGAAACGACUUUCCUUUUCUGGAAAGAAAACGGUUAGGGAAUCAGCAAAUGCAUCAAUUCUAGUCCAUGAAAUCAGGAAGCUUGAAUUGCUUCAAAGGCAGCUCGGAGAAGAAGCUAAUCAGGCUCUUGAAGUACUUCAGACAGAGUUUGCAUUGAACAAAAACGGUAGUCGAGACGCAACCAAUACAAUAGCGAAACUUUUAGCCGAGAUUAAGGAAAUGAAAGUCAUGGUUCCUCCAGACGAAGAAGAAAUGGAUAUCGAUAAAACGAGGAAUCUUAAGGAAGAAAUAACUCGGCUUAACCAACAAGGUAGAAACAUUGUUUCAUUGGAAGCAAAACUCGAGAAUGUCCAACGUUCCAUCGAUAAGUUGGUCGGUUGUCUUCCAGAGGAAACACUGCAAAAUUCAAAAAACGCCACUAAUCCGUUGAAGAAAAAGAAGAUCCUCCCGUUUUCAUUGAGCAACACACCGAGUUUAUUACUCUCCCCUUGCUCUCCUUCGUCAUCCACACGACAAACUGCCAAUUCUGGAAUCGAAAAUCAAAGCCCGGUUAUUAAUAAGGCUGAUGAUGCUGCUGCUGCUACUCCUAUGAAAAACGCGAAUCAAACUAGUGGGAACUCAGUAAAUGUGAAGAAAAUUGAGAAGAUGUUCAAGAGAGCAACAGAGGAGAAUAUUAGGAGCAUAAAAUCAUACGUGACUGGAUUGAAGGAACGAGUGGCGAAGCUUCAGUACCAAAAACAGCUUCUUGUUCUUCAGGUGUUGGAGAUGGAGACAAACGAGGAUGAAGAAGAUGAUGAAUCGAAUAAAACCGACCAAUGUUCUUCUCCUUCGAUGUCUGUGGUUCAAUUGCAGCCUUCGUUUGAGGAUCAAAGGAGACAGAUAAUUAUGUUGUGGCAUUUAUGUCAUGUUUCUCUUAUUCAUAGAACACAAUUCUAUUUGUUAUUCAGAGGAGAUAACGACGAUCAGAUUUAUCUGGAAGUUGAACUUCGAAGAUUGACGUGGUUAGAACAUCAGUUAGCUGAGGUUGGAAAUGCUAGCCCCGCGCUUUUGAGUGAUGAACCGGCAACCUCUGUUUCAUCGAGUAUUAAGGCUUUGAAACAAGAACGGGAGUAUUUGGCGAAGAAGGUGAGUUCGAAGCUUACGAUGGAAGAACGAGAGAUGAUUUAUUUGAAAUGGGAAGUUCCAAUGGAGGGAAAACAGAGGAGAAGGAUGCAAUUGGUGAAUAAGUUGUGGACAGAUCCUUUGAACAUGAAACAUGUUAAGGAAAGUGCUGAAGUUGUGGCGAAAUUGGUCGGAUUUUGUGAAUCGGGCGAAAGGGUUUCGAAGGAAAUGUUUGAACUUAAUUUUGUUAAUCAUGGUGAUAGGAAGACAUGGAUGGGAUGGAAUUUGAUCUCAAAUUUCUUGCAUUUGUAGAAAACAGUUAUGAACUUAAGGAAAACUGUUUUUUUUUUGUAAUGGAAUAGAUAAAUUUG